UGGGGCUUAAGCAUCACCUUCGGAGCAUCCUGCCAGUCAGUUCAUCUUGGACAUCGGAGCGUUUCGGAAGGAAGAUUUUCGGCCUCUUCAAAGUGUGUCACCAGGUGAAAGCACCAUCAUUUGAGUUGAACAGUUGAAAAAGUUGUGAGGAAGACCUACAGAAAAAAACGGAAAACCUGACCCACAACGGUUUGGUGGGACAGUGUCCUUUAAGAAGAGGGGAUUUGUGUGGAACCGAAGGACCAUCCGUAAGUGAGUUCGGUAGCAAGUUAACACAGUGAAAGUUGUGUGGUGCGGCAUUCGAAGCGGAGUGACAUUUUCAACCAACUUGUCACAGCUGUUACUCAAACGACGUUUACAUCUACGUGGGAAGGAAGUUUUCCCUGAAGGCGUCGAAGCGGGCGGAAAUUGAUUCAUUCAGUUUUUGCAUGAGGGAAAUCGGUUGGAAGCCAGUGUAAAAGUGUAAUUCUGCAGCCCGAAUUUCGGUUGCAAGUGUGGGUGGAGAAGCGAAGGUGUGGAAACUAGGCCAACCCGAGGCAGUGUCUCACCGGAGUGAACGUGCGAUUACGGUUACCAGUGAGGGACGGGAAGCAGAUCGGGUUAAGAUUGUGGUGCAUCCGGUGAAAGAAGUGGUUUGUUGACGAAGCACAGUGAGAAAGCAACAACGGUAAAACACACACAGAGUUCCCUGAGGUUCUGACUCAGUCAGAGUGGUGGAAAAGGAUAUUACGCAAGACAGCGACGAGACUACGUGACGGAACGUUGUCGGAAAGUUAAGUGAGAUCAGGGGAGCAGCAGCUGUUUGGGAGCACCGGGCAGAAACGGGCAGGCUGUUGCCUGGUCGAAAAUUUAUGCCAGCUAAAGCAACCAACUGGAAGAAGUCCACGGCGGAGGAAUUGAAAAUCUCCAUCAAAACUGAGAUCUCAUCUUGAAGAGAUCACUGUUCUCCCAAGUCCAACAAUCUGUAACAUAAUACCCAUCGCGGAAUCUCACCAGCAUUGAGAAACAUAAUCACAGUUCUGCGUAAUGGAUUAAUAGUUUCUCUUCCAACCACCAAGAACAACUUUUCUGCACCUGGAACGUGUUUUAACUCAUUAGGUACAGCUUGAUUGAAAAUACGCAAAACGUGACUGUAAUCCUUGCACAGAAGGUUCCCUAACCACGCGUCUGGCGCCUGCAUCACUCUGAUUCGUGUCGGCUGAACCGAAAUCAAAAAGCUAGCCCUGCUGACUCACAGAAGCAUCAAAGCAACAGGCUAAUUAGUUCAACAGUGCGGUUGGGUGGGGUUCUUCACGCUCUGGGUAGCCAUUAGCAACCUAACCCACUUUUUCCCGUGGCUAGUAGCCUGUUGGGACCGGCGGGUUUCACACGUUUUAACCCGUGCAUAACUCGAACGUGUGCCCUUUUUAAGGGGUGCGAAACAGGUGAAUGGUGUAGACUCUCCUAAACGAAUGUCCACCACUGUAUAAUUCAUAGGGUAAAAGUGUGAGAAGUGCCAGUUGAAAUAUUUUGUUGCGAAACAAUCAUAACCAGUGUGUGUGUGUGGCAAAAAGUGCGAUUGAAUUGUGGAAUUUAACCACCAGCUGUGUCCGUCCUCUUGACUAGAGGAUCGUUUGGUUGAAAAAACAAGGUGCGCAAAUCUACGACGCGAACCAACCAUCCUCUGAACGGAACGGAAAGCGUGUGGAACGAGAAGCGAUGGAAAUUCCAACCGUAAUGGAUGGGAUGCUGAAGAACAGUAUGGUCCUUCAUGAUGACCGGUCCUCGCGCAACAGCAACAGCAGCUCAGGAUCCCCCUCAGUGAUACACGAAAAGAAGAAAAUGCUGGACAUCACCCGGGACAAACCUAUCAAAAUCGCCGUCCGGGUGCAGGUGCCAGUGCGGGAUCAUCCCAAGUUCAACUUUGUUGGCAAGCUGUUGGGCCCGAAGGGAAACUCACUGAAGCGGCUGCAGGAGGAGACGAUGUGCAAAAUGGCAGUUCUUGGCAAGGGUUCAAUGCGGGAUCGUAAGAAGGAAGAGGAACUGCGACUGAGUGGCGACCCACGAUACGCACAUCUUUCCGAGGAUCUUCACGUCGAGAUUUCGACCUACACAGCCCCGGCUGAAGCCCACGCCCGCAUUGCCUAUGCCCUGGCCGAGGUUCGACGCUUUCUGGUGCCGGACUACCAUGACGACAUCCGGCAGGAGCAGAUGUGGGAAAUGCAAGCUCUCAAUUCGGCUCAGAACGCAUCCAAUGGCACUAAUGGCAACUGCAACGGCACCACCACUAUCAAUGGCCACAACGUCGGCGGGACCAACCUUGGCAACGGCACAACCCACGGCAACGUGACACUGAACGGAAAUGGUCUCAACGGUGGUAAUCCGGAGAUGAUGCACCAUCAGAGCUGUGGAGUCGAUUCGAUCACAUCCAAUGGCACCAGCACCAACAGCAACAGCGGGGUCGGGGGUGGUAGCAAUGGUAACAACGGCUGCGGGGGCGUCCUGUCCGGAUCGGAUGGCACUAGUAAUCACUCCUCGCAGCAUUCCACCAGUCACCAUCACCAUCAUCAGCAACAUCACCAGCACCAACAUCAUCAACAGCAGCAGCAGCAGUUCCUGUCGAGCAGCGCUUCGGUGGCGGCAGUCGCGGAUGCAGCAGUUGCAGCUGCGGCCACUGUCACCGAUAUGAGCAAUCUGAUGCCAGUCGACGUCAACAUGACGUCAGCUAAUCACUUUGUGAACUCCCUGCCAACGACGGACAUUGAAGCCCAGACGUUAGCAUUCGUGGAGUCAGCCAAUGCUUUUCUUCAUCCAGCGUUAAGAGGUGUUAAAACUGUCAGUUUAGCAGCUCGCAAGCGGCCCCUCCUGGGUGGACCCCGUUCCAGUAUGAACCCAACCAAGCGAACCGUGAUGACCCUGAUUGCCCGCGCCCGAACUGCUCAAGCCAUGCACGGAUCCCGAACGACGGCCCCCAUGGGAGAACCCAUUCAGGUGAUCACCUCGCCGCUUAUUCUGCAACCCUCGCUGGACCUGCUGCAGAGCAACGGCACCGGCUCGGUGCAGAAGGAAAACAUCCUACAGGGGGCUUAAGCUGGGUUCGUGAUUUAUGCACUUUCACGCCUCCGGAAACGAAAAAAAACGAAACAAAAAGUAACACUGCUUUCAUUGUGUUAGUAGGAUAGACUAGAGACAUAUUUUCUACAACAAGAGAUUGGCGAUGAUAGCUAAUCCGGAAGAGACAGACCACAUCGUUUAAAACAGAAAGUAUAACCUUCAAAACAAUAAACACACCCUUACAUUACACCAAAAAUAACUAAUAUAAACUCACGAAACUCAAAACAUUAAAUUGUAGCACCAAGUUGAGGAACAAAAGAGAGAGAGAGAGAAAAAAAAAGAGAGUUCAUAUGAAACAGAAGCAUAUUCUUUCUAGCUAUUAAUAUAUAAGAAGCAAAACAAACAUACAAGAACAGGUUUCAAAACGAAAGGAAAAAGUAACCCAAAAUCUAUAUAAAUAAACGGGUUUUAAAGCUUGUUGAAAUGGAAAAGGAAAACCAAAAAGUGAACUAAAUGCAACCACCCACAACGACGAGACGUGGACGAGACUCCCAAUCUCGUCCAGCUCGACAGCAAAUCAAGAAAACGUGAACCAAAGCAGAGCGGUUUUCCGUUGGUUAAUUAGUUGAAGAAACGUUGAACAUAUGGCGGCGCUGCGAGAGCACAUGAGCAGAUGGGGUAGAUUUUUUAAAUGUUAGACUGUCAAACUGUUUAAAGUUUUAUUUUUCGAUUGUGUUUUUGUACGUGUUUUAUCUGAUAGCGAAUAGUGAAAACACUGGAACUUGUUGAAACUAAAGCCAAACUGCGCGAACGGAAUUUCUCUCGACGCGACGCCGGAAGAGUUUGAUUGGAGGCGCGUAGUUUGAGUAGAAUUGAUACGGAACUUUUAGAUUUUAUAACCAAGGUUCGGGGCAAUAUUAUUCUAGUAUAUCUUUUAUACACAGUGGGAGGAAGAGAGAAAAAUAAGAACAAGAUUUAAAGCUCAAUCAUAAAGGAAAUUGCUUUUAAAGUAUCUAAACCAACACAAGUGAAUCAAUUUUAUAUAAGCGCAAAACAAAAAAACUGAAUGUAAUCAACCAAAGAAGUACUUAUAAUCGAAUAAAUCGCACCCUUCAUGAAAACCA